AUGCUGUCUCCCUCCCUGGGCUGCUGUCAGUGUCACUCUGUAGUGGAGAUGUGGAGCGUCUUUCUGUCCCUCUGUCUAUUACUCCGGCCCAAUUCAGCUGAGGAAGUGAUGCUGCUGGACACAACAGAGUCUACCUCAGAACUGGGCUGGACCACUUACCCGGACACCGGGUGGGAUGAAGUGAGCGUCCUCGACGACCGCGGGAAGCUCAUACGGACGUUCGAGGUGUGCAACGUCAAUCAGAAUACUCGGACUAAAGACAACUGGUUGGCCACGCCCUUCCUGUUCCGCCAUGCCGCACCGCGGGUCUUCGUUACCCUGCGCUUCUCAGUACGAGACUGCGCCAGCCUGCGGAACCCGUCGCCCACCUGCCGAGAGACGCUCACCUUGUACUACAAGCAGGCCGACAGCCAGCGGGAACUUGAGAGGACUUGGGCAGCUGAGCCUUCCAACGGUGAGAAGGAGAGCAGGGAAGGCUGGGUGAAGAUUGACACUAUCGCCGCAGACAAGAGUUUUUCCAAAGUGGAGCCCAGUUCACCGCAUCAGUACCAACCCAACAGAUACAGCCGCAUCAACAUCAAGACACGCAGUUUUGCCCCGCUCACACGCAACGGCUUCGUGUUGGCCAUCGUGGACAGCGGGGCCUGCGUUUCCCUCAUGGGGGUGUCGGUCUUCUACCGUCGUUGCCCGGCCACCAGCCUCUACUUGGCAUCCUAUCCGGCCACCCCCUCCGGAGCAGAAGCCACGGCUUUGGUGCCCGUGGGCGGCGCAUGCGUCCCCCACAGCAAGUCCCAAGGGUCCAGCGGGCCUCGAAUGCACUGCAAUGCUGAGGGCGAGUGGAUGGUGCCGGUCGGCGGAUGCGUCUGCGAUGAGGGCUAUGAACCGAACCUAAAUGGAUCUGCCUGCUUGGCCUGUCCAGUUGGCUACUUCAAACCAGCUUCAGGCCCCGGCCCCUGUUCAGUGUGUCCCUCCAACAGCCGAACCAGUCGCGAAGGGUCCAGCGUGUGCGAAUGUCGCAGCAGCUUUUACCGUGCGGCCGGCGACGACAAUUCCUCUGCCUGCACAACACCACCCAGUGCUCCAGAGUCUUUGUCCUGGGAAUACGAGAGCGGCGACGGUGGGGUGUCUCUAAGGUGGCGCCCUCCAGUGGACAUGGGGGGCCGCAGCGAAGUCUGGUACGGGGUGGUGUGUCGCAUCUGCCCGUCGCCCAUUAUCACCAACCCGGCAUUAUGCUCCUGGUGCGGAGAGGGUGUCACCUUCAGCCCCGUCCAGAACAACCUCAGACAAACCAGUGUGACCCUCAACAACCUGCUUACUAGAGUGACUUAUCUUAUACAGGUGCAAGCAAUGAAUGAGGUGUCCGCUCUGAGCCCUUUCCCAGCUCGCUACACAAGCAUCAAUUUUACCACGAGCCAGUCAGUUCCCAGUACAGUCCCCAUGAUGCACCAACUGAGCCGUGCGCCGGACUCCAUCACACUGUCUUGGCCCCAGCCUGACCGACCCAAUGGCGAUAUCCUGGAGUACCAGCUCAGAUACUUCGAUAAGGGUUCAGACGUGGACAGCGCGGUCAGUGUGUACAGCGAGACCAACACACUUACUGUCAAUUCCCUCCUCGCGGGGUCCAUCUACGCCUUCCAGAUCCGAGCUCGGAACGAGCGAGGAUUCGGUCCCUACAGCAACACCAUCUAUUUCACCACACUGCCUCUUGAAGAACAUUCCCAGCAGGUCCAAAGUCAGCUUCCUCUGUUGGUAGGAUCAGUGAUGGGAGGGGCGGCGUUUCUGCUAGUUGUGGUGGCUAUAAUAGUCGUGGUGGUGUUUCGCAGUAAAAGGAGGGCGAGUCCGUACAGUGACAGGCUUCAGAGGUACAUCAGUAACAGAGGCGGUGUUAAAUAUUACGUAGAUCCAUCAACUUAUGAGGACCCUAGCGAGGCAGUCAAAGAGUUUGCCCGAGAGAUUGAGUCAACCCACCUGAAGAUCGAGGAGGUGAUCGGUGCGGCCCAGUUUGGUGAGGUGUCCCGGGGCCGCUACCGCCCACCGGGGCGCCGAGAAGUGCUGGUCGCCGUCAAGACUUUGCGUUGGGGAGCGUCUGACAGAGAAAGAGGCAUGUUCCUCAGUGAGGCAGGAGUCUUGGGUCAGUUUGACCACCCCAACGUGCUCAAGUUAGAGGGUGUGAUUACCCGUGUCCCUCCAGCAAGAAUUAUCACAGAGUUCAUGGAGAACGGGCCCUUGGAUUCCUUCCUCAGGGAAAACGAGGGUCAAUUCAGCGUUCUCCAACUAGUCGGAAUGCUCCGGGGCGUCGGCGCUGGGAUGCGUUACCUGUCAGAGAGAAACUUUGUCCACAGGGACUUGGCAGCCAGGAAUGUGCUUGUCAACUCCAACCUGGUGUGCAAAGUAUCUGAUUUCGGCUUGUCCAGACUCAUGAGAGGCUUGGACCACAACAUGCCAACUUACACAGCCUCACUGGGGAGUAAGAUUCCUGUGAGGUGGACCGCACCGGAGGCAUUUCAACAUCGCAAGUUCAGCUCGGCUAGUGAUGUCUGGAGCUUCGGCAUCCUAAUGUGGGAAGUGAUGUCCUACGGAGAAAGACCCUACUGGGACAUGAGUAAUCAGGAAGUAAUGAAAGCAGUAGCGGACCAAUACCGCCUCCCCGCCCCUACUAGCUGUCCCUCAGCCCUCCACUCGCUCAUGCUUCAGUGUUGGCAAGCCGACCGAGGGGACCGGCCAGGUUUCGAGUCCAUCCUGUCCUCUAUGGACCGCCUCAUCAGGCAUCCUGUGUCCCUCAAGACAGAGAUGACCCGAAGCUGCUCGCAACCAUUGCUAAGCCCAACCCCCACAGACUUUUCAUCAGUGGCCACAGUUAGUGACUGGCUGAGGGCGCUUAGAAUGGAGCGAUACCAAGACGAGUUCGACCGAGCGCACUUGGACACGCUGGACAGAGUUAGCCGCCUCACCGUGGAAGACAUCCAAAACCUUGGAGUGAACCUACUGGGUCACCAGAGGAAGAUUUUCAACGCCGCCCAGCAGCUCAAAGCCCAUUUGAGUCAGGGCCAGGUGGAGGUGUGA